AUCACUCUCUGAUUAGGCACGUGAGUGUGGCCCAUCAGGUGAAUGACCGGUUGUGCGCGUGCAGUCCCUCAGCGCUGGUCAGCCUCUGUGGGGCUCUGAGGGAUACAGAGGAGAUAGAAGAGCUGGCGGUCGGACUUUCAUUGACGAAUCUCUCCUCCUGGAGCUGCUGUCCUGUGGUUUUUCACUUCAUGUGCUAGUUCCUUCUUUUCCUCCCUCUUUCAGCUGAUGUGGUCAUGGCGGCGGCGCCGGUCUGUCUACUGAACCGCCUUCUGCUCCCCGGUGUGCGGCCGGUCUCGCGCGUCCAGCUCACUUGGUUGUGUGGCCGCCCGCGGAGCCACAGCACUGCCUCAGGUAUUCCCGGCGUGAAAGAGAGGACACUGGUUGCUGUCAAGCCAGAUGGGGUCCAGAGGCGUCUGAUAGGUCAGAUCAUUAAGCGCUUGGAGCAGCGGGGCUUCCAAUUGGUGGGUCUGAAGAUGCUGCAGGUGUCCGAGGAGUUGCUGGCUCAGCAUUAUGCGUCUCUUCAUAGAAAACCGUUCUACCCCAGCCUGCUACGCUAUAUGACCUCAGGCCCCGUGGUUGCCAUGGUUUGGGAGGGACACAAUGUAGUGAAGUCCACACGAAUGCUGGUUGGAAACACAAACCCAGCUGAAGCUGCACCUGGAACGCUGAGAGGAGACUUCAGCGUUCAUGUUAGCAGGAAUAUUGUGCAUGCCUCAGACUCUGCUGAGGUGGCACAAAAAGAGAUCUCGCUAUGGUUCCAGCGCUCUGAGCUGAUUGACUGGGAGUGCUGUGACCAUGGCAACAUCUACCAUCCGUGAGGGACUGGCCUGCGGAAAGUGCAGGCGCCGUAAAUUAGCACCCAUGCCGUAUGCGUAAACAUGUGAGUUCGGACCACAGUUUAAACGCUGGAGCGUUUAAGCAAACGCAUCGUGGGGUUUGAAAGGAACUCAGCCUGAAAGCAUGUUUUGGAAAGUAAAGUUAAAUUGCUGUAAUGUUGUUCUACUGCUACACUGUGACCGUAUUCAAGGAUCUGAUCAGUUUUUUGCUGAGUAAUUCAUAAGUUCUUGGAUUGCUUUUCACAAAUGUGUCAAAUGUUAAAUUUGUGGUAUAUAAAAUAUUGGAAAGUAGGGACGUUUGAAAGUUAAAGCCAAACACAAUUGAUGUUCCUGAUGUUUCUUAUAAGCAACAUUUGGACAGAAGCAGCACUGUGCAGCCGUUCUGAUUAGAAACACCUACUUACAUUCACUCACAUAUUACUGUAAUAACAGCUGUGAAAAACUGUCUUUUGAUGUUUGAUAGUUAGAUAACUGUGCACGGUGAAACCUCCCAGUUUUCCUCACAGAUAUCAGCUACUUGUUCUUCUCAAAAUAAAGGAUGUUUCAUGUGAUCUACAUCGAAGGGCAUUCCAUAAAACAUCCCAAAUCUGUAAUUUUAUAUUUGAUUUCUAAUUGUGAAAAUGGUUUGGAAGAUGUCAGUCAGUAUUUCCCAGUUGUGCUUAACAUGGCUGUGUAGGACAUUAGUGGUCAGAAGAUUUGUUGACUUUAGAAUAAGUAUAGUCGAUAAUAAUAUGGUGCUCCAAACUGAGACUUCACUGUAAGGAAGCAAAACGCCUUGUAUGGAAUGGUCCAAUAAACGUUUAAAAGAAGUAGUUGCUGUAUUUAUUUAACUUGUUACUGUCAUUUACUGUCAGUUACAGGUUUUAAAGUUUAGCACGCUGAAUUUGAACCAAUAAAUAAUUGUACAUA